AUGACUUAUAACGGCGUCGGAUUGCAGACCGCUCGAGGGAGUGGAACCAAUGCCUACGUCUCUAAAAACAACGCUCACCUUCGGAUCCGGGAUGGACCCGCGCCCGGCGGUGGAUUUGGCGGAGGAGGGGGCAAAGGCGGACGAUAUGGGGACUUUAUCGAUGAGAUGCCGGGACCCGUGCAUAGGCAGCCGGAUGCGGGGAUACUGGAGCAUGAGAAGAAGAGGAGGGUGGAGGUCAAGUGUUUUGAACUGCGGGAGGAGUUGGAAGAGAAGGGGCUCGACGAUGACGCGAUCGAAGAAGCCGUCUCCACCCUCCGAACCACCCUCUCUGCCCAAUCCCACCUCCUCGGUACCCCUCGACAACGCAUGACCGACUCGCACUCCAUCGCCGCCGCCAAGCAGGUCGAGAUGAGCCGCCUCGGCCGCGCGCUCGGCGUGUCUGCCAAUCACGUCGAGGGCAAGGCGUUCCAGCGCGAAACAGAGGAGGAGCGGGCGAAUCGGAUGGCCGAAAGGGAGAUCAAGGUGCAGGAGCGGGCGGAGCGAGAAGUACGGCGGGAAAUCGAGAUGGCCAAGCAGGCGGAAGAGGCCUCGGACGCUGCCAAGAAGAGAAGGAGGGAAGAAUACUAUGAGAAGAUGAGGAAGGAGAAGGCGGACAAGGAGGCGGCGGAGCGACCGCCCGCGCCGGCGCCGUACGGCGAGAGAAGGGGACGAGAGGUCGGUCUCGCCUCCUCCACGAGGCGCUCGAGGUCGUCAUGCCGACUCGCCGUCACCUCCCCGCAGACGCGCUCGGUCGCCUUCGGAAUCACGUUCCCCCUCUCCCCCGCCGCGCCGACAAGCUCGCUCCCCCUCCCCCGUCCUCGUUCGAGGUGGCGCACGUCGCCGGUACUCGUCCCCCUCUCGCUCUCCUCCUCGGCGCGUCCGGUCUCCGUCGGACAGCCGCUCGCCGCCUCCCCGCAGAAGGGCCUCGCCUUCCCCCUCUAG